CAACUCAACUUAAUUACCAACCCUCCCCCCCCCCCCAUCCCUAUAUUCGUCUUUAUUCUGCCCUGUGGCUAGUCGAUAUUUGCUUAUUACACGAAACAACAUUUGUAUACAAGGGAUGAAUCCGCAACUCGCAAGCUGCAUUUCCACCAAACCUUUUGACUGACAGUUGACAUUCAGUUUUUCCGCCAGAAGUAAUUCCCCCAAUUUUAUAACACAACUGACCAGCUCCUUUGUAAGAUUAGAGGAAUCAUCAUAAAUCGCCUUACGAUAUUGAAAAAAAAAAGACCGAGAAGUUCAUCCACUCAAACGAUGUGAUGUUUGUGGCAGCGUUGAGACCUGGCUGAUUCACUCGGUCCUUUUCUCCAACUUGAGCAAAGUGAGUGAGUGAGUGAGCGAGAGAGAGAGAGAGAGAGAGAGAGAGAAGAGCGAGAGAGAGGGAGAGAAAGAGAGUGAGCAAGCGCGAGAAAGAGUGCAAUAUCUUGAUUAAAAAUCUGACCGCGCCGUCGGUCUGGAGGAGGGAUCAAAAGAUCAGUGGCUAUCUCAUCAUCGUCAUCAUCGUUAGCAGACUCCCGUCAGUGACGCCGCUUCGCACUCUGUCGUCACGACAACAGAAGCAUCAUCGUUAUCGUCAUGUCGCUAGUUUGGCAGAAGAUCAGCCCAGCAGAGUUUCACCAGCUCCAGGAAUACACGUCAUAUUCUUCUAAGAAGCUGAAGGAUGUGUUGGACGAGUUCCAUGGGGAUGGAGUUCUUUCCAAGUACAACCCAGAAGAGCCGAUUGACUACGAGGGCUUCCGGCUGUUCAUGGAGACGUACCUGGAGGCUGACAUCCCGGAGGAGCUGUGCAAACACGUCUUCCUGUCGUUUGUCAAGAAAGCGGCGCCCCCGGGCUCCACCGUGGGUAAGGACUGCCACAUUGCGGCCGCCAUGGCCUCGCAGACGCUGUGUGCGCCAAUCACGCACCAGCCGGCCGACCUGCAUGUGGAGAAGACGGAGAAACACCACGGGCUGGCCGAGAAGCUGCACGGGCUCACGGAGAAACUACACGGCCUCGGCCACCUCGGCGCCGAGAAGGGUCACUCUCGCCACGACAGCAAUGACUCCGGAGGGAGGAGGAGUCGAGCAGGUUCUGCCUCUGCAUCAACUCACCCAUCAGUGGCAGUAGGUGGGGUGACUGAAAGCCGUCCCUUCACAGGGGAGGAAGCCACCCCCGAUGCCUCCAACCACUCGCGGUCAUCGUCAAAGAAGUCAAAUCACAGCAUCCACAGUGUGCACAAUGGUGUCGCUGGUGCAUUGCUGGACAACACUGACCCCUGGUUACGGCAGUCUUCUUCAUCGCUGCUGCGGACAAGCAUCACCCCCCUGGAACCAAAACGGAACCGGUCAACCAGUGUGGACGUCCGCACCGGUCACAUUUACCUGAAAGAUCUUGUUUGUUACCUGUCGUUGUUGGAAGCUGGCAGGCCAGAAGACAAACUUGAGUUCAUGUUCAGGUUGUAUGACACAGAUGGAAACGGAAUUUUAGAUUCCAGUGAACUGGAUUGUAUUGUCAAUCAGAUGAUGUCAGUCGCUGAAUACUUGGGCUGGGACGUGUCAGAGCUCAAACCGAUUCUUCAAGACAUGAUGAUAGAAAUAGACUACGAUGCAGAUGGGACGGUCUCCAUGGAAGAGUGGAAGAAGGGAGGAAUGACAACCAUACCAUUGCUGGUCUUACUUGGUCUGGAUACGGAUGUCAAAGAUGACGGGCACCCCACGUGUGGAGAUCUGAAACACUUGCAAACCGACUCCGCGUACGGCAACCUAUGUCUCAAUCUACCUGUUGGAUGUGGGAAAAAGGACUCUGUUUGUACAUUCUGUAAAUACACAGUUCAUGAGAGAUGUGUACAGAGAGCGCCGGCAUCAUGCAUCACUACCUACGUCAAAUCUAAGAAGACUUCUCAGGUGAUGAACCACCACUGGGUGGAAGGAAACUGCGCGGGGAAGUGUGACAAGUGUCGGAAAUCCAUCAAAUCAUACAAUGGCGUUACGGGUCUGCAUUGUCGCUGGUGUCAUCAAACACUCCAUAACAAAUGUGCCUCUCAGAUAAAGCCAGAAUGUGACUUGGGACCAUUUCGGGAUCACCUUCUCCCUCCAACAUCCGUCUGUCCAGCCGUACUGGAUCGUCCUCGAGGCGGAAAGAUGACUCCGAGUGGAACUCGCAGUAUGACGGGAAUCGACAGCGCCAGUCUCGAGAGUACGGUUGACAGCAUUAGCCUGAACAGUCCCAUGAGUGCUGAUUCCAUGCAUGAUCGGUCAUUAGCUUCAGGAGGACAAAACUCAUUUCAAAUUACCCCCAGAGACGGGUCACACCCCUUGUUAAUUUUGAUCAACCCUAAAAGUGGAGGAAAGCAGGGCGGAAGAUUGAUUCGGAAGUUCCAGUACUUACUAAAUCCAAGACAAACGUAUGACAUGAUAAGGACUGGACCUAUGAUUGGACUCCAGUUUUUCAAGGAUGUGCCUAAUUGUCGUAUAUUCGUGUGUGGUGGAGACGGCACUGUGGGAUGGCUUCUUGACACGAUGGACAAGCUGGAUUACAUAGAGCGACCGCCUGUGUCGGUUCUACCUCUGGGUACGGGGAACGACCUUGCCAGGUGUUUACGAUGGGGCGGAGGGUAUGAGGGUGAGAACCUGGUGAAGAUUCUCAAGAAGAUAGAGACCAGUACAGUGGUUAUGAUGGAUCGCUGGCAGAUCGAGUUCAGCAAGCCCGAGGAUGUUGACGAUGAAGAGGGCGACCCCAUCCCCUACAACAUCAUCAACAACUACUUCUCUAUAGGCGUGGAUGCCUCAAUAUGUCAUCGGUUCCAUAUAAUGAGGGAAAGACAUCCGGAGAAAUUCAAUAGUCGAAUGAAGAACAAGUUGUGGUAUUUCGAGUUCGGAACAUCAGAACAGUUUUCAUCUACGUGCAAGAAUUUACACGAGCAUAUUGACAUAAUGUGUGAUGGAAACUCGUUAGAUUUGUCCAGUGGACCUCGAUUGGAAGGAAUUGCAUUGCUCAACAUCCCCAGCAUAUAUGGCGGAACAAAUCUAUGGGGAGAUAACCCAAGCCAGAAGAAACGUAGAAAAGCUCAGAAGGCGAAGAAAGAUAAGGACAAGGAGUUUUCCACAAGCAGUAUGUCGUCAGCGGAACUCACCAUCGCUGUGCAGGAUAUGGGUGACAAGCUAAUUGAGGUGGUUGGUUUAGAAAACAGUAUGCACGUGGGUAAAGUGUAUGCAGGACUGCGGGCGUCGGCCAAACGUCUUUCUCAAUGCUCAUCAGUUGUCAUAAGGACUCGAAAGCGAUUUCCUAUGCAGAUAGAUGGAGAGCCUUGGGUGCAGCCUCCCUGUACUAUCUACGUUACCCACAAAAAUCAAGUUCCCAUGAUGAUGGCACCUCCAUCCAACAAGAAGUCAAAGCUCUUUAAACUCUUCAGAAAAUAGCAUCUAGUCAUAGACAGUUGGUUAUUCUACACCACAGCAGUGGAAGUCCACAGAGAAGUCCAUUGACCAAUUUGUAUUGGUCCAGAAGUCUCUUACACCAAUGAAAAUAAUUAUUUCAAAAGUUUGAAUAUUUACGACCAAUGAAAAUCAUUUUGUCAAAAGAUUUAAAAGCAUCUUUUGCCAAUGGAAUUAAUGUUUUGCAAGAAGUCUCACUUCUGUGACCAGUGGAAGGAAGUGUUAUAUGUUUUCACAAGCCUAAAUGUCAAGAAGUCUGAAAUUCAUUAUCAGUGUCAUAUAUCUUCACUGACUGAUGCAUUUGCUGCAAAGAAAAUGAGAAUUUUAUUUAUUUAUUUAAUCUGUCUCAAAAUGUGCAAGUUUAGGACAAUAACGAUAUUAAUUUUGUGUCUCAUAUGAUGCAUUAUGUAAAAUAUUCCAACAUGCAUUCUCUGUAAACAGAGAAAAAUAUUUCUGAUUGUUCAAACAAACAAGUCCUGAAGUUUUCAUUGAAACUUAAAAAAACAAAAUGGACCAAAGAAAUCUCAUAAAAAUGCUCAAAUGAUUCAUUAGCAAUGUUGGCUGGUUCCACAACUUUGUAUUUAUAAUCAUGUAUAAAAUGCUUAAAUGCAUGAUCUUCUAAUGUAUGUGCUCACUAUGAUGAAUGUAUGGAACGUAGUAUUUAUAGUUGAAAACACAACCAUUGAUUGGCUGGGAAACAGGAAGUUCGGUACUAGAAGGACUAUUAUCUAGAAGAAAGGUUAAAUAUAUGAGGGUUGUGAGUUGGCUGUCAAAUGGCAUAAGGAAAAAAAAAAUGUCUCAAAAUGUAAAACUGUUUCAGAAAUUGUGAUCGACUAUUGGGAAUACUGCAGGAGCAAAAAAGUGCAAUAAUAAUGAUUUGCUUAAACUGCCAGGUUCUACCAAUGUGUUGACAGUUACAUGCAGCUAUUUAAACAUUGAUAAUAAAACUAUAAUGGCUUCCUAAAGUCACAUGCCAGUCUGGAGUAAUUCAGGCAGUUAUGAUAAUGACUAUAGGAUGAAGAAAGGUGAUUCGUUAGCCCUGUUGAAGGAAAGAAAGAAGAUAUUUUACUUCUUUUUAAAAAAUAACAGUUGGAUGUGGGUGAACUAAUCAAAAUUCACCUGGAGGGCACUACUCUUAGUGUACGGCAAAAGGAAUACAACCCAAAUGUUCAUUGAUUGACAAUUCCUCCUUUUUGCCUGGAGAACCCCACUCCAAUAAUGAUGCACGGAGAAACGAGACCAACUUGUGAAAGUGACAGGAUGAUAUGGUUGGCAAUUCCUCCUUUUUGUCUGGAGAACCCCACUCUAAUAAUGUUGCACAGAGAAACAGGAAUAACCUGUGAAUGUGCCAGGAUGAUUCUGUUGGCAAUUCCUCCUUUUUGCCUGGAGAACCCCAUUCAUAAUAAUGAUGCAUGGAGAAAUGAGAAUAACCCGUGAAAGUGCCAGGAUGAUUGGGUUAGGCAAUUCCUCCUUUUUGCCUGGAGAACCCCACUCUAAUAAAGAUGCACGGAGAAAUGAGACCAACUUGUGAAAGUGACAGCAUGAUAUGGUUGGCAAUUCCUCCUUUUUGUCUGGAGAACCCCACUCACUAGUGGCAGGAUGGAAAUUGGUUGGCAAUUCCUCCGUAUUUGUCAAAAGAACCUUGCUCUACUUAUAGGAAAUUGACAGAAUGAUAUGGUUGCUUCUGUUUGACGAAAAUAUGACAGAUGAGUUACCGAAUUACGAUCCAUGCAAAUUAAUAAGAAAAGAGGAAUGGAGAUAAAUAAGUAUGUGUAUGUCUUGACAUAUAUAUCUAUAGCUGACAUUGUGUGUUGCAAGAUUCAUACAGCUAACAUGUUGUAUCCAAGUGAAAGAGAAUUCAUGCAAAUUAAUAAGAAAAGAGGAAUGGAGAUAAAUAAGUAUGUCCGACACAUAUAUCUAUAGCUGACAUUGUGUUGCAAGAUUCAUACAGCUAACAUGUUAUAUUCAAGUGAAAGAGAAUCAUAGUUUAGACAUGAUUUACUGCAAAGACAGUGAACAGAAUCGACACCAAAAGAAACUACAUUCUAUAAGCCUAUGUCGGUUUUAAACUGUUGACCAGUUUGUGAAACCUGACAUGAAAAUGUUGAUGCAUGCAAGCAUUUGGUAGAAAUGCAAUACAGAAAUGAACAUCAAAAGGAGGUAAUUUUAUGCUGAUUUUUUGUACUGUUGACCAGUUUGUGAAAUCUUGCAUAAAAAGAAAUUGCAGUAAAGAAAUUGGUAACCAAAGGGAAGUAAUCUUGGAAUUAAGGAUUCGGUCCAAUUGCAAUAUAGAAAUUGGUAACCAAAGGGAAGUAAUCAAGGAUUCAGUCCAAUUGCAAUACAGAAGUUGGUAACCAAAGGGAGGUAAUCUUAUGCAUUUAAUGCUGGUUUUGAACUGUUGAUCAGUUUUCGAAACUCGGCAUGAAAAGUGUUGGUGCUGUCUCUGGUACGAGCCAGCUCAGGAGGUGAUCCAGUGCACUUCCAAGGGAGAUAAUCAAAAAUGCCUUCUGUUACUGACCAAAAAAAAAAAAAAAAAAAAAAAAAAUGAGCACGAUACCAAAAGGGGAUAUAACCCAGACUUGAUGGGACUUUCUGAAGAGUCGAAGAGGAAAAAUGGAUGAUAAAAUUGGGAUGAAUUAUUUCAUUCCUGCGAAGAAAAUAGGUUUCUUCAUGCCCCCCCCCCCCCCCCCCCGUUUCUUACACCCCCCGAAAAACAACUUUUUAAAGACCGCAGCUUCAUAAUAUUCUUCUUGUUUCAUGCCAGUACGUGAUUUCAUCUUACUAGUAACUUGUUCUUGCUUUGUGUUCGUCAAGGAAUGUUUAUUUUUUCUUCUUCUUUUGUAUCAUGUUCGAUUAAUAUUAAUGCAAGCCUUCAUAUAAUAUUGUCUGUUCAGUCAGACAUCUUGUAAUUAAAAAAUAAUAAUAAUACUUUGUAAUAUCUGUAGAAGAUUCUAGUCUGAUGUAUAAUUGUAUAUAUUAUUAUUAUUAUUAUUAUUAAUUUAUUUGUGGUAUUCAUACUUAAUGCAAGCCUAUAUGUAGUUCUAAUUUAUGUCUAGUACUAGAAGUUAAAAAUUAAAGUUGAAAUCACGAAAAAAGGAAAAUUUAACCCUUUAACAUCUAAAACCCAGAUUGCCGAAAAUGUUAAUUCAGUAAAAUCCUAAUAGCAACAAGGGAUCUUAUUUCACAGGUAUGUACUUUCUGACAGACAGGACAGUGCAUACCACAGCUUUUGAUAUAUCAGCAAUGGGGGCGUUGUUUGGGAUGGGGGGUGGGGAGCCAAAGUGUCCACUGAUAGUAAUAGAUCUUACGACCCUUAGGACCUCAGUCAGAAGAGUGCUCUAUCAUUGACCUACAUCCUUCUAAAAACAAAAACAAAAAUUAAAUAAGAAACCUGUUGUCACAGGUUACUAGUAAAUUUUUUAAUUGACCAUAAGAAGCUUGAGAUUGCGAUUAAAAAAAAAAAGGUACUAAUGUUGAUGACAGUCACUUUUAGCACACUUGUUUUGGCUUCAAACACAAUUAAUAUAACAUACAGUAUCUUAACGUAAUUCAUAUUUCGUAAAUACCGGGUAGUACCAUUUAUUAAUUACAAGAUUUUCUACAAAUACAUUCAGAUGCUUUAGUAAGUAUCAAAUAAUAAAUGUUCAAUAGCAAUUUUGCAUUAUCAUUUUUCCAGCGUUCUAAAAACGGAAACGUCAUGUACCCAGUUUAGUGUUAUUGUAAGGAGAUGUAAAGUGUCGUCAUUGGAAUACUGACGUCAUUCAAAUUCAGAAUUAGCUAUAUUAAUUAAUACAAUGCUUUGCAACAUUAUAAUAAAAAUCGGUCUACUUACCUUGAUAGUUCCAAAUUCUAUAUUGCGAAGACAAUUCAUUUUACAAGUUGAUAUGUUGUUAUUUUUAAUAAUUUAAGGCAAAAUAUUAAGUUGUAACUUUUAAAAGAUGAAAGAAAUAAAAACGUACCAUUCAUCAAAAAUGUGAUAUAAAAAAAUUACCGUUGGAUAUGUUAUAUUUAUUGUGUACGAAUCCAAAACAAGGGUGCGAAGAGCGACUGUCGUCGACCUUACACAACACUAGGUAUCAUUUGUUUAUCAAAACGCAAUAUAAUAUCAACAUGGCUAUAUUAAGAGUGCGUCGUUAAAUAAAACAUUUCCUUCCUUCCUUCCAUUUGGGAAGGGGCCAGGCCCUGUGCUUAUAAAGACUCGAUCUCUAAUGACAUCACACACAUACAGUUUGUAUGGCGU